AUCGGUCAGACAUGGAGACUGGCUCUGCGGUUGUGGUAGAAGAAUCAGGCAUUCAGCUUCGGGCAUCGCCUCUCACCUUCGGCCUGCAGCAGCUGCAGCAGGUGAGAUGGAUGGAUGACAGGCCAUACACAAACACGACACGACAUCAGGGAUGCCAUCCAUCAUCUGUGUUCUCCCUCCCCUCCCCAGCUGUUCAGUGGGGAGUGUCCGCUUGAGGCGAUUGAUGACGCGCUGGUGCGUCAUGGUGGCGACGUGGAGAAGGCCACCGAGGACUUGUGUGUGAUCAUCGAGAGCCUGGCUGAGGGCAAGAGCGGUGCGCAGCCACAGUCCCAUGACGCAGAAGAGCAGCAAGAAAAGCCGGAGCCUCCUCCUCAUCCUCCUGCUGCUGGGCCGAGCGAUGCCGAUGAGCUCCUAGCCCGACAGCUGCAGGACUACGAGUGAGGAGGAAAGGAAGCAAACGCACACACGUGACGUGCUUUAUCUAUCAGUCAGUCGUGGUGGCCAAACUCUUGUCUGUCUUCCUUUCGUCCUUUCCCUGGUGUGUUCAUUCAGGGACAGCCGUGCCGCCCAAGCCGUCGAGGCUGCGAGGAGGCAGGCGGCACAGCCCAGCGGCAGCAGCGGUGGCGGCGGAGGCGGUCCUGGCAUCUUCCCUCUGCCCAAUCUGGGAAUACGCAAGCCGCAGUCGUCGUCGUCGCAGCCCCUGGCAGCUGCUGCUGCUGCUGCUGGUGCUGGUGGAGAAGGGUGGGGCCAGCCAAGGCCGAAGGGCCAGCUUGCGGCAGAGAAGAUGAAAGGUCAGGAGGGAGGACACAGAGAAGCAGACACUUCGAAGGCGAAGGGAGGAAGACUCACAGGCAUGUGUUGCGUUGUGUUGCGUGUUGCGUUCAGAGAUCAGAGAAAAGAUGGGUGACGGCAUGAACCGCCUGUUUCGCCGCGGCAAGAAGGCCCCCGAGCCACGGGGGGCGUAUGGCCCGAAUCUGCAAGACGAGGGCAGCAUCAGCUUUGGGAUAUCCACAGGCAGGGGGUGGGGAGGCGGCACAUUCAACAGGGCAGGCGAGCCGGGGGAGGUCGAGCCGCUCACCGAGGCCGAUGUCAUGGUGGACAGCGUCAUGCAAGGUCGGUGGGCGGGACGGACCGAUGGACCGAUGGAUGGAUGGAUGGAUGGUGUGUGCUGUGCAGAUGCCGGAUACACAAACUCUUACGUACCGACGACUGCUGAGGUGAGUGAGUGAGCAACGCAGCCACGCAGCCGAUGGAUGCGAUGCAUUUCUUUGUGGUCAUCCCAUCCAAUGUGUGUCUAAUCUGCGCAUUGUUUUGCUUUGCAGGCGGCCCCAAGUGAGACCCCCCCACCCACUCAGCAGAGUUCUGCCUCGAGCGCACCGAGGACGGAAGGCGGCGACCACUCACCAUACAAAGUGCAGUACAAACCGCCGGCAAACGGCGACAACGGUACACCCACACGGCCCUCGCAAACCGACAGGACACACACAAGUUGACCCUCACACGCAUGUCCUUAUGUCAUGUCAGCAUUCGGUACGCCGGCUGCGUCCGAGUCGGUGGAUCUCCUAGGCCUGGAUGGCCAGACGACCACACAGCAGAGCGGCUCUGCUGACGGGGCCACCGAGAUCUAACCAUGUCUGAGGGUUCUGCAACCGGUGAUGCGGUUGUGUUGUUUUUCUACUACCAGCUGCUCGGCUCUUGCACAUGUGUAACGUUGUCUAACCGGCCCGCGAAUGGGCAUGCGUGAAGAUGAUGAUUCGAGUGAUGGCCUUUUGUUCGCGCAUUGGAUGGAUGGAUGGAUGGAUCGAUGACGAUUGUCGUGUGUUGACGACAGAGUGUGGACGCGACCAAACGGUAUUUCUGUAUGGAAGUCGAAUUGAGUUUCGUG